AUGAAAAGAGUCGGCCGGGGCCGAGAAAUGCGCGGGCGGCGGGUGGCGGUACCGGAGCGGAGUUUGGUUGAUGGCUGGAUUUGGUCAGCAGACGGUGCGGCGGUGAACGCAUCGCAGUCGUUUUCUCCUCUUUUUCGGUCGUCUGUCUCCCCUUCCCUUCCCUUGACCUCUCCACAUCCUCUCACCAUCCACCAUCGAAGGGACGCGCCCCGCGCGGCCCACGCAACAGUGUCGGGCAAUCUCCACACCCACAGCUCAACUCCAGCCAGCAGCACUCAGUCUCGCCCCCGGGCAGAGGAGAGGCGGCCAUUCCUCCUCUUCCUCACCAUGGUCUUCGGCGGCUUGACCGCCAUGGUCUUCCGCUCCAGCCACACCGCCAUCAACAUGGGUCUCCUCCUCCGCAAGCUCGACUUGCGCUCCAUGUUCUUCGCCACCGUGUUUACCAUCAUCCUGCUGGUCCUGGCCUGUCUCACGAAUCCAUCGGAAACGUCAUUUCGUACCUAUCUCACCGAGCAGUCCUUCCGCCAGCAUCUCAGCCGCCUCGACGACAACGCACAGGACGAACACGCGGAGAGGGAGGACUCCGGUGUGCACUACAGUCUCGCCCGUCGAACCCAUCCGGCUUCUCACAAACCCGGCUCUCACUCUGACACCAACUCGCCGUUUCACUUCGUCAAGCGCGCCUCGGUCUCCCUGCGCACCCCCAAGCACGUCUUCCGCAGCUUCGGGAUCCUCACCAUCGCCGCGGUCUCUCCCCCUGCUCGCUCGCAGCCCCACAUCUUGCGGAAUGAGGGCCUCGGGCCGAUGGUGUCUGACUCAUGGUUUAUUGGCAUAUUCGGCAAGUGGUGGCGCGGCGGCACUAUCCCGCCCCGGUGCAACGACGCCCUCGACCACAUCAAGGACGCAGAGCGGUGCAGCUCCGGUAUCCUCGAUCUCAAGGCGCUUGAUAGUCUCCAGGGGUACGAUGGUCUUCCGUUCUCUACCCCCUCCCUACGUGCACUGCCGAAUAGCCAAGAUGUGUCCCAGAAAUCUAGAGGCUCGGAACGAUCUGCACAGCGCGCGACAAAUAACGCCCCUCGGAGUACGACGCCCCCACCACUCCCCAAGUCGGCCUCACUCCCUCUGCACGCACCCCGAGUUCCCGUCGCGACACCUCCGAAGAACGAGCGCGGCGCGAGCCAGCGCAUGGGCCCGGCUCCAUCGCAGACACAGGCGCCCAGUAAAGCCGAACACAGCGCGCCACACCCCGCGGCCUUCCCGCCCCCGUCCACCUCGUACUUUGACCAGUCCCCGAUGAUCGCUGACAUCGUCCGGCAGAUAUCGCACUCGAACGCUGCCGUGCACGACCUGCGCACACAGCUGACGGACUUCCGCGCCGCGUCAUCCGAGUCGCGCGCGGCGAUCCAGGGCGACCUCGAGGCGCACCGCGAACGUAAGCGCGCAGAGGACGCUUCGCGCGUCGAGCUCAAGGCGCGCACGAAGACGCUCGAGGACUCGAAGCGCGCGACGGAGAGCAGCAAGCGCGAUGCGGAGAAGCGGCUCAGGGCGGCUGAGGGCCUGCGCGAUAACGCGAGCCAACGCAUCGAACGGCUCGACAAGGAGAUCGGCGCGCUGCAGGGCCGCAUGAGGGAGGACGAGCAGGCGGCGGUGCGCUGCACGGAGGAGAGCGACGCGGCGGAGCGCGAGAUGACGCAGCAGGUGGAGCUGAAGAAAAAAGAAAUCAACGUGGCGGAGGAUGUGAUCGCCGCGCUCAACGCGCGCGCGAAGGAGCUGGAGGAGCGCAUUGUCGAGGAGGAGAAGCGGCUGCAGCGCGCGAGGGAGCAGGCGGAGAUGCGGAAGCAGGAUCGCUCAUUCUUUCCUCUUCAUGUGGUCGGCACUGCCAGUGUUGACCCGUCGUCGGGCCCGUGGUCGCCCAUCGCGCCGUAUGAUCAGUCUUACACGCAAGAUCCACAUACUCACAUCAAUACUGACUUCUCGGAACACAUUGACGUGUUCCCCCCGUCCUUGCAAGUGCCGCCUCCAAGUCGCCGGUCGUCGGGUUCGGGGAGACACAAGGACUUUUCGGUCUCGCCCAGACCGAGGCAUUUGUCCCUCGGGGGCAUCUCCAACUUCCGCGAACAUGUUCACCCUGUUGUGUCAGAAGAUAGCGGCAGCCAGGUCUUUUUGCGCCCACCAACGUUCCCUAUCCCCCUUUCCUCUGCACAGUCGCACUCCACACGCUUCUCCCCUUUUAGCGACAACGACGUCGACGUCGGUGGCGUUUUAUCUCCCAGAAGCACCUCGCUGAUCUCGACAAGCCUGAUCAGCUCCCUGGAGGGUGGCGGUGGCGCAGAGGAGGCGGUGUCGCGAUCGUUCGAGACCGAGGGCGACGCAGUCGUGCCGCCCGACUGGCGCAAGCGCUACCCUCCCCCGCUGCCCAUACAGGUCCCCAGCGUGUUUACCACGUCCCCCACGUCGAUCACCUGCCCCUCGUUCGACGGCGUCGACAAGGAGGACCCCUUCGAGAUCCGCCCGCCGCCGCCCCUGCGCCACCGCCUGACCACCGAUGCGAUGGACAUGCAGCGCGCGCUUUUCCCCCCGCCAUCUCGCACGACGUCCGACCCGCCGCCACUCACGCGCGCGCGCUCACGCGAGGCGGACGACAAGGCUGGCGGGGCGCACCGCCGCUGGUUCUCCGCGGACCCGAAGGAGAAGGAGCGGGAGAGGGAGAAGAAGGGGCUCAACCCAGAGGCGAAGGUCUUCCGCCUGGCGAAGAAGUCGCUCCCCUCCUCUCUCGUCACGCCGCCGCCACUCGCGUUCAACCCGCUCGCGCCGUCGCAGCAGCAGCAGCACGCGUCCGCCGCGUCGACGCUCAGCCUCCCGAGCAUGCUCGCGCCGCCGCCCGCGGAGCCGAGCGCGCUCCUCUCGUCCAUCUCGAUGCGUGCGUUCGCGCCCUCGCCCGCGGAGCGCGAGGCGCUCCAGCGCGCGCUCGGUGGCUCGUCGAGCGGCAGCCUCGAGCGCCUCCCCACCCUCAGCGAGGUCGCCAUCGCGAGCAUGCCGCCGUCGCCGUCGCACGUGCAGGCGAUCGCCGCGCAACACCACCCGGGCGGCAGGACGCUCCUGCCCCCCGGCCUCUCCUGGCUCCAGCUGCCGCGGAUGCGCAAGCACAAGUUCAGCCCGUGGGAGGACGCGGACGAGGUGCCGACCGAGGCGGGGGCGGGCGGUACGAGCAAUGCGAGCCAGUAG